AUGGCAAUGGAGCGUACUGAGCAAGCAGUGCGUUCAGAUGAAGAUAAAUGGGACAGUGGUGAAGAAGAACAGCCAGAAAUGCAAGUGGGUUUUGUUAAUGUCGUCGAAGAUGAAAACUUUCUCAGAGAUGACGCUAAAAAAUCCAAAAAAGAAGGGCCAGCCUGGAAAGUUUCUGAAGACACACCAACUGACCAGCCAGAACCUUCGAAAAAAGAAGAAAAAAAAGCUACAUAUAAUCCCCUAAAGAGAACCACAAAAGCUCCACCCAAAAUCGAAAGCUUUCCUACGCUUUCUCAAUCUGUCGAGCAAGUUGAUAAAAAAGCUGAAAAGCCAUCUGCAAAGCAAGAAAAAUCAGAAAAGCCUGCAGAAAGGCACGAUAUAAACGGCAGCUCAAAUAUUUUUGUUGCACUUGACGAAACUCCGAAUGAGAAAGAAGAAGGAGAAGUUGAAGAACAAAAGCAGCCUUCUCCACAGAAAAAGGAAAAGAAAGGCAAGAAAAAGUGGGCUAAGCAAGAUGCGAAGCUUAAUAUAAACUUGACAGCUGGACAGAGGGAAAUCGGAGUAUUUGACAAGGGACAAAAAAUUGAAUAUAAAGAAGAGGAUUUCCGAAAGAAAAAGGAAGAAACUAACACGCCAAUACAAAGAAAUAAUGGCAUGAUUAAUAUGGAUAUAAAAAAAGACAGCUUUGAUGGGAGAAGACAGCAAGGAGGACCUUUUUCAGGAUAUAAAAGAAAUCCGGAGAAUAGUGAGUCUAUUGGACAGAGAAAAGAAGGACCUUUUGGAGGAAUGAAAAGGAGAGAAGGGAAUGCUGAAGGACCAGGAUCAGGAUUUGUAAGAAAUACAGAAGGAGGCCAAGGUUUUACAAGAAACCAGGAAACAACAGCUUUUGGGCCAAGAAGAGAGAGAGACCAUGGAGAGGAAGAAAAACGAUUUACUAGAAAUCCAGUUGAAGAAAAACCAAAAGAUCCGAUGUUUGCUUCAGGACAACCGCAAGGACCGAAGAGGUUCCAAAACUCUAAGAAGCAGGAGGGGCCAAAGAACGCUGAUGGAGAUGAGACAAAGAAAGAAGAGCCAAAGGCAGCUGAAGUUAAGCCACCUGAGAAGAAAAUUGAUGUUUGGGGAGAUUCAGUAGUGAAACAAAAGAAAAAUGCAUGGAGACGUGAUGAUGCAGCAUAG